UUAAACAUCAUGGAGCUUAUCAGUUUGUUCGCCGUUCCCGUCCUGCUAGAGGCCAUGUCCUUGACCUAUCUGGCUUGGACGGCCACCUCCCAUCGCCGGCGUUCACAGUGCUACCUCCUGGAUUAUGUCUGCUACAGACCGCCAGACGACCGCAAGGUGACGACCGAUAUGUUGUACGAAAUGGUCGAGCGUAACAAGUAUCUCGGCAUGCCCGAGUUACGCUACCUCUUCCGCCUAACGUCUCGCGCUGGUCUGGGUGAGCAGACCUACCUCCCCUCUGGCGUCUUAGCCGGCCGUGAGAUGUGCCUCACCCACCAGGACGCUCUCGACGAGAUGGACGCUUUCUCCAACGACGCCGUCGCCGGCCUUUUUUCCAAGACCGGAUUCGGCCCCCUCGACGUGGACGUGCUCGUGGUCAACGUCAACAUGUUCAACCCAGAGCCUUGCCUCGCCUCGCGGAUCGCGCACCACUACGGAAUGCGCGAGGACGUCGCGGCGUACAAUGUCUCCGGCAUGGGCUGCAGCGCGACCGUGGUAUCGUUGGAUAUCGUACAGAACAUCAUGCGGGCACGGUCGCCGCGCCCCGUGCUUGCGGUCGUGGUAUCAACGGAGGUGCUCUCACCUGGAUGCUAUGGGGGCACGGACAAGUCCAUGAUGCUGGGGCUAUGCCUUUUCCGUUGCGGCGGCGUAGCGGCGCUGCUCACCAGCGACCCCGCGCUAGAUGGGCGCGCGAAGAUGAAGCUACGCCGCCUCGUGCGCGCAAAUAUCGCUGCCAACGACGAUGCUUACUCCGCCAUCUUUCAGCGCGAGGACACGCACAACAUAACCGGCUACAGCAUCAACAAGACCCUCCCAAAGGCUGCCGUCCGAGCGUUCGCCGCCAACCUGAAACGGCUCGUCCCUUACAUCCUCCCUGUCAGCGAGCUCUUCCGACUUGCCACCGACUUGAUACGUCAGAAGAUGUCUCGCCGCCAGCGAUUCAAGAUCGAUGUCAACUUGAAGACCGGGGUUGACCAUUUCUGCCUCCACUCAGGCGGCGUUGCGGUCAUCGACGCCGUGAAGAAGAAUUUCGGGCUCGACGAGGCAGACGUGGAGCCGUCGAGGAUGACACUGCACCGCUGGGGAAACACGUCGGCCAGCAGCGUGUGGUACGUGCUUGCGUACAUGGAGGCAAAGGGGAGGCUCAAGAGAGGAGACCGGGUGCUCAUGGUGACCUUCGGAUCGGGCUUCAAGUGCAACAGUUGCAUGUGGGACGUGACUCGCGAUCUGGCCGAUAAGGGUGCGUGGGCCGACUGCAUUGAUGAGUACCCGGUGGAGAGCACAGCCAACCCUUACACGGACAAGUAUAGUUGGAUGAAUGACAACGCUGAUGACGAUCCCUCGUUGCCUGUGUUGUAAAAUACGUGCAAGGCGCGUACGUCAAUCACAGAUCACAUCACAGUGCGGCGAAUAAAAGCAUCACAACUUCUCUUGGUCAGAUUAUACUUGGGAGUAAAAAUUACUUGAAAAGCUAUCAAGAUGGCACUCACAACUGCGAGGGCAUGUAUUUACUGAA